GCGGAGCUGGACAGCGAACGCCAUAUCACCAAUGUGGCAAAAGAACUAGAGAAGGUCUUCUUUGCGUCCCAAGUCUUGAAGGUCGAUUUUGAGGAGGAGAACGACAAAGUCAAGGAGGAAACUGACCUGGCUAAGAUCAAGGAGGAGAAGGACAGCGGCAACCAGCAAGCUACAGCGCAACUGAAUGAGCAUCGCGUCUCCACCACUCAGGCCCAAGAGCAGCACGAUAUCACCAGACACUACUUCGAGGAUAUCAAGAAGACACUCGAAAAUGUCAGUAAGAACACGGAAUCGGUCGUCAAGAGACUCGACAAGACGGCACACGACGCUGUCCAAACCUCGAUCAACCUAAUCAACCAGCGCGACCUCGACAUCGAAAAAGCCAAGGAGUGUAAGAAGCGCCAGCUGAAGAACUACCAGCUCUACCACAAAGCCGUCAAGUCGAUGGACGAACUCAAGUCGGGAGAAGUCGAUCAGCAUGUAGGAUCGAUCUACUGUGAUGGCCACGACUGGCUCACCGAGAGUAUUGCUCGUUGGGAGGAGGAGAACAAGAAGGCCGAGGCCGAGAUCCGCAAGCUUGAGUGGCAGUUCAAGAAUUGA